AUGCAUUCCUUCUUGGGGGCUCAUCCUAUUCACCCUAAGAUCUUUCUAACGAAGACAUAUGAUAGACAUGGUAUGGAGGAGAGUGAUUUUUCAAUGGAAGCCUCCUUCUACUUUGUGAGGGUGAAGUCGAAUCCUUAUGCCGCCUGUUAUGGUGUUCAUGGUGACGACAAGGUCCAAAAGGUGAUAGAUCUACAUACUCAAUUAACUUAUUUCAAGAAUGUUAAAAAGAUAUUGAGGGAGAAACAUGGAGACGAAGAUAUCAAGUCUCUGCUAGCUAGGGCUGUUUACUUGAUUACCAUUGGAAGCAAUGAUUAUUUUGUAGAAAAUUCCAGCAUAUAUACUCAUGAAAAAUGCAUAUCCAUGGUAGUUGGUAAUCUAACAACCUUGAUCAAAGGAAUACCUGAAAUGGGUGGGAGGAAAUUUGGGGUUCUUAACCAACCAUUUAUGGAGAAACAAAUCAAAGGAUUUAAAUAUUCAUAUUUUGAUUUCUUUGACCUAUCUUAUAAAGUGAUAAACAACCCUUCAAAAUUUGGCGGAGUUGCAUGUUGUGGUAGUGGUCCUUACAAGGGAUAUUACAAUUGUGGAGGUAAAAGAGCAAUGAAAGAGUAUGAAUUGUGUGAGAAUCCUUCCGAAUAUGUGUUUGUUGAUUCUAUUCAUCCUACUGAAAGUUCUAGUAAGAUUAUUUUCCAGUUCAUGUGGAGUGGAAAUCAAAGUAUUGUUGGCCCUUACAAUCUUAAAACAUUAUUUGAAGGAUAA